CACCACCUUUUUAUCCAAUCAUAUAUGGUUAUGCACGACCGCUUUCAUUUUUCCAUGGCUCCAGGACACGUGGCGACGGGCGGCCUGCUGUACGGCGUGUUCACGCCGCAAUGCUUCGACGCGUACUUCACGCGCUUCGACUUUCUCCAGGUCGAGUGCGGCAAGGCAGUGGUGUCCAAGCUGCUUGGGUACCUCAUCAUCGUUGGCAGCUUCAUCUUGAAGUUGCCGCAGAUCUUGAAGAUUGUCGCUGCCGGCAACGUUGCCGGCCUCAACCCGUCGUCGUUCUAUCUCGAAGUGAUUACAUUCCAAGCGUCUGUCGUGUACAACGUCCUCCGAGGGUAUCCGAUCAGUUCGUGGGGUGAAUCGGCCGUCAUUUUGAUCCAGAAUGUGAUCCUCGUGCUCUUGUUGUGGUAUUACUCUGGCGCGGCCAAGUCGACGCAAUUAGUUGGCGUGGUCGCGUUCGUGGCGUUGGGUGCAGGCAUGUUCUACCUCCCUUCCGAGUUCGACUGGGUGCUUCCGUCCGCGGGCAUUCCGUUGUCUGUCAUGGCUCGCAUUCCUCAGGUACUUUCUCACCCUUUUUCAUUCAUUCACUCUUCUUCCAUCCACCUCACGAUAUGUGAAAUGCAGAUUCUGUCCAACUUUAAACAAGGACACACGGGACAAUUGGCGUUCCUGACGUUGUUCUUGAACUUUGGCGGGUCUGCCGCGCGCUUGUUCACCACCCUCCAGGAAACGGGAGACCAAGUCGUGCUGCUGGGGUUUGCCAUCUCCAUGCUCCUCAACGGAACCCUCUUGGCCCAAAUUGGUCUCUACUGGAGCGCCACGGACGCCGCCGUCGCCAAAGCGAUCCAAACCAAGAAGAAAACGCAAUAAAAGACCGAAUAAAAGACAACACCAUGGGUUCUUUAAAUAGUAAAAGACCAACGUUCCGUCUGGGUCAUCUCGACAAAGAAUGAUGGUCGUUCUUGGGCCGCUUGAACAGCGCGGGAAACUCGUCCACGUUGAGGAACGUGAUGAGCUUGGGCUUGCCGAUGGCGCUGUGGUAGCGCACCAUCGGGCCCGUGUACUUGGUCUUGGGCAUGAUCUCGUCCACCAGUCGCUUCUCUUCCUCUAGGCGCUCCAGCCGAUUCAACGACGCCGUGUUCUGCACCUCCGUGAGCACGGCUUCCUUCAAAAGUUGUUCCUGGGUCAUGCGCACCACGACCUUGGUCGCCUUCUCGUGCAUGUUGCGCGCUUCUUCCGUGUACUUUUGCUGGAGUUCGUGCGACAAGAAACGCUUCUGCACCGUGGACGAACGAACGGCCAUCGGUUCAAUCGGCGCCACAGGGGCGUUGGAUGUCGCAGGAGAACGAGUAACAGUACGCGGGAUGGUGCGAGGAGGGGGUCGAUGCAGAUGCAACUGCUUGGGCGGCCGAGAUGCCUUCUCCCGACGCUUCAGCUCCACUUCGCCGUCGUGCACGGCCUCGUCGGGUGCUUCGUCCUCGUCAAAGUCCGAGUCCACCACAUCUUCCUCCUCAGCCUCGCUGGAAUAGUCCUCGUCUUCGCUCUCGUUCCACACCUCAUGGCUCCAGAAGGUCUCGUCCGCUUCCGCUUCUUCACCGAUCAACUUGUUGAUGCGGGACCCUCGAUUCGCACGGCUAGGCAGCGACGCCAUCUCAACCGACCGAAAC